AUGCCACCAAAAGCCGAUUGGGACAAAUACGUUGCUCCGGCAGAGGAUGAGGAAAAGGAGCAAGAAAAGAUUGUGCCAUUGUCAGAAAGCGAUAUUCAAGUUUUAAAGACGUAUGGUGCAGCUCCAUAUGCAUCGACCAUUAAGCAGAUUGAAAAAGACUUGAAAGAUGUCGAAGAGAGAAUAAAGGAAAACAUAGGUAUAAAAGAAAGUGAUACAGGAUUAGCUCCGACACAUCUUUGGGAUGUCUUGGGUGAUAAACAGCGAAUGCAAGAGGAGCAGUCUUUACAAGUUGCCAGAUGUACCAAAAUUAUAGAGCCCGUGCAACAAGUGGUAACCACACCGGGAUUGCAGAAUGCCGAUACCAGAUCCAAAUAUGUCAUAAAUAUCAAGCAGAUUGCCAAAUUUGUUGUUGGAUUGGGAGAAAGGGUAUCACCAACCGAUAUUGAAGAAGGAAUGAGGGUUGGUGUUGAUAGACACAAGUAUGAGAUUCAAUUGCCACUACCACCAAGAAUUGAUCCCUCAGUAACAAUGAUGACAGUGGAAGAGAAGCCAGAUGUGACGUAUAGCGACGUUGGUGGAUGUAAAGAACAAAUUGAAAAAUUGAGAGAGGUUGUUGAGUUGCCAUUGUUGAGUCCGGAACGAUUUGUCAAGUUGGGAAUCGAUCCGCCAAAGGGUAUUUUGUUAUAUGGACCACCAGGUACUGGUAAAACCUUGUGUGCUAGAGCAGUAGCUAACAGAACCGAUGCUACAUUUAUUAGAGUCAUUGGGUCUGAGUUGGUACAAAAAUAUGUUGGUGAAGGUGCUAGAAUGGUUAGAGAAUUAUUUGAAAUGGCCAGGACUAAGAAAGCAUGCAUUAUAUUUUUUGACGAGGUUGAUGCAAUUGGAGGUGCUAGAUUCGAUGAUGGUGCCGGUGGUGAUAACGAAGUGCAAAGAACAAUGUUGGAAUUGAUUACCCAAUUGGAUGGGUUUGAUCCAAGAGGUAACAUCAAGGUUAUGUUUGCCACCAAUAGACCAAACACUUUGGAUCCUGCAUUAUUGAGACCAGGAAGAAUAGAUCGUAAAGUUGAGUUUUCGUUACCAGACUUGGAAGGACGUGCCAACAUUUUCCGAAUUCACUCGAAAACAAUGAGUUGUGAAAAAGAUAUUAGAUGGGAACUAAUAUCAAGAUUAUGUCCUAAUGCUACAGGUGCGGAAUUAAGAUCUGUUUGUACUGAAGCUGGUAUGUUUGCCAUUAGAUCGAGAAGAAAAGUUGCUAAUGAAAAGGAUUUCUUAAAGGCAGUUGACAAGGUUAUCAAGGGUAACUUGAAAUUUAGUUCAACUAGUGAGUACAUGCAAUAUAAUUAG